AUGAGCGUCGACGUCGCGGUGCAGCAGCCUGCAGCAGCAGCAGCAGCCACGAAGGCUGCUGCUGCUGCUGCUGGCGACGCCGCGCAGCAAAGCAGCAGCAGCAGCAGCAGCAGCAGCAGCAGCGGCGAGGGACUUCGCCGCUAUUUAGAGUCAAAGGUCGAGCAGCUCGAAAGAACAAUUGCGGAGAAGACGCAAAACAAACAAAGACUUGAGGCCCAGAGAAACGAAUUCAACGCAAAGGUGCGGGAGCUGCGGGAGGAAAUCCAGCUGCUGCUGGAGCCGGGCUCUUACGUGGGGGAAGUGGUGAAGGUGAUGGGCCGCGACAAAGUGUUGGUCAAAGUAUGCGCUGCUGCCUUCUGCCUACUACCCCUAGACACUGACUGGGCCCAAACUGUUGCAGCAGCAGAGAAGCAGCUGCUGCUGCCACCAGGUGCAGCAGCCGCAGCAACAGCAGCAGCAGCAAGGGAGCCAGCAGCAGCAGCAGCAGCCGCGCUAGCAGCAGCAGCAGCAGCAGCACCAUCCCUUACGGACUCCCCGGGCGAAGAUGACACUGUGGCUUUUGUGGAAGCAGCUGCUGCGAUGCAGCAAGCUGCUGCUGCAUCUGCAGCAGCACACGUUGAGCUGGUAGCCUUCCACCUGCAGCAGCAGCAGCAGCAGCAGCAGCAGCAGCAGCAGCAGGUGCUGUGGCUGUCCUGCGGCUCGCUGCCCUUCACCUCUAUGCCGGACUUGCUGCUGCUGCUGGUGGGGCUGGUGCGGCUGCGCUGCAGCAGCAGCAGACUGCUGGAGUCCCUCAGCAGCAUCUUGAGCAGCAGCAGCAGCAGCAGCAGCAGCAGCAGCAGCAGCAGCAGGCUGCAGCAAAUUGAAGCAAGCCACCUGCCCACGCUGCUGGUUUGCCUUGCAAAUUGCUGCUGGCUUUCUCUGCCGCCUUUAGAGGCAAUUUGCUGCACUGUGGAGCAGCAGCUGCCCAAGCUGCUGCCCCAAAUAUCGGACGCCGAGUUGCCCCCGUUGCUGUGGGGUUAUUUGUCGCUGCUGCAUGCGCGGCAGCUGCUGGCAGCAGCAGCGAACUCAGCAGCAGCAGCAGACUCAGCAGCAGCAGCAGAAGCAGCAGCAGCAGAAGCAGCAGCAGCAGACUCAGCAGCAGCAGACUCAGCAGCAGCCAGCGCUGAAACAGGAGGAGGAGGAGGAGCAGCAGCAGAAUCAGCAGCAGGAGCAGCAGGAGCAGCGGGAGCAGCAGCGGACACAGCAGCAGCAGCAACAGCAGCAGGCUCAGCAGCAGCAGCAGCAGCAGCAGCAACUGCUGCUGCUGCUGCUGCUGCAUUUCCCUUGCCGCCCGCGCUGCUUGAGGUGCUUUGGAGAUUUGUAGGCAGCGCGAAGGCCCUGGAGAGUCACCAUCUUCAUUUGCUGCAGGUCUUGUCUACAGGCCUGCGCGUGGCCUCUUUGCUGCCUCCUGUGUCUCUGGUCCCUUUAGCUGCUGCCAAGUUUUGCUGCUUAAUGGAGACAGUGCCAGCGCCAGGUGCUGCUGCAGUGGGGCUGGGGGGCCUGCCGCUGCAGCAGCUGCUGCUGCAGCAGCUGCUGCGCCGCCAGCAGCAGCAGCAGCAGCAGCAGCAGCAGCAGCUGCAGCAGCUGCAGCAGAAGCUCCUCUUCGACUAUAAUCCACAUGAUAAAGAUCGAGAACCACCUCCAUUUCUUUAUGACACAAAAGACAAAAAGUGGGGCCCCCAGCAAGCCCCAAAAGUUGCUGCAUGCAUUCAGCAGGUGCAGCAGGCCCUCAGCAGCAAACAGGUACGGUGUGCUGCCUCUCUGCCCUUUUUCCCCUUUACGGUGGACUUGGCGGUGGCAGCCUCAGAGGGCCCCCUGGGGCCCCCAGAGGGGGCCCCCCAGGGGCCCCCGGGGGCCCCCGGGGGGGCCCCCAGGGGCCCCCAGGGGGCCCCCCUCGUAGGGGGCCCCCUGUGCCUCCCGAAGCCCGGGGGGCCCCUAGGUGCUGCUGCCCAUGACUGGGUGGUACCUGAUUUGGGGUAUGAAGAGGAGACAGAAGAAGAAAGGAAGGAGAGGCAGCAGCAGCAGCAGCAAGUGCUGCUCAACCCGGGGGCCCUUCAGCAGCUGCAGCAGCAGCAGCAGCUGCAGCUGCAGCAGCAGCAGCAGCAGCAGCAGCAGCAGCAGCAGCGGCAGCUGACGCAGGCGCCCGGCAGCAGGGGUACAGCUCUCUUCGUUAUCAGCAGCAUCGAAGACAUAAUUCUUAACAACUUAGAAGAGGCCCCCCAGGGGGGCCCCUCCAGGGGCCCCCUGGGGGGCCCCCCCAUGGCUGGGGGCCCCCUGCCCGCUGCAGUACCCUUUUUUGGCUUUCCCGUUUACUUCCUUGAGGGGCCCCAGUGGCUGCUGCGUCUGCCUGCCUAUGAAAGAUGGCGGUAA